AUGAAGAUCAGCGGCAGGCUGGACGCCGCCGCGGCGGCGAGCCAGCGGUCCAGCCGGCUGGGCUGGAAGGAGCGCGCCGGCAGGCAGGGGGACGACAGCGUGGACAUGGCAACUCCUGGGAAGGAAAGGCAGCCAAAAGUCGAUUCAGAGUUUCCAAACGGAGAACAGCAUGGGCCGCCUCGAAGACCUGCAAGCCUUUGCCCGCGUCGUCGACGCGCGCGGUUUCUCCGGCGCCGCGCGGCUGCUGGGCACCACCAAGUCGGCCGUCAGCAAGCAGGUCGUGCGGCUGGAAGACCAGCUCGGCACGCGGCUGCUGCACCGCACGACGCGCAGCGUCAGUCCGACGGCCGAGGGCCGCGCCGUCUACGACCGCGCGCUGCGGCUGCUGGACGAAGCGCUGGCGCUGGAGACCGAGCUGGCCGGCCGCCGCGACGAGCCGCGCGGCGUGCUGCGCAUGUCGGUGUCCACCGCGUUCGGCAACCUGCAGUUCACCGCGCUGCUGGCCGAGUUCUGCGCGCGCCAUCCGCAGCUGGACGUGGUGCUGGGCCUGAACGACCGCUACGUGGACCUGGCCGAGGAAGGCUUCGACGUCGUGCUGCGGCUGACGCGCAAGCCGUCCGAUGGGCUGGUGGCGCGGCGGCUGGCGGCGAUCCGCUUCGUGCUGUGCGCGUCGCCGGCCUACCUGGCCGAACACGGCGAGCCGCAGGCGGUGGACGACAUCGCCACCCACCGCUGCCUGCGCUUCGGCUAUCUGCAGUCGCCCGACCGCUGGCGCUUUCGCCACGCUGA